AUGCUCGCCUACAGAACCAGCAGGCUGACCACUCAUCAGGAGUUUUUGGUUGAUAGUCUGAAUCAAGACUUCGAACUGUUCUCGUCGACGACACAGAAAGUCAACCAAAAACAUGGUUUCAGCUCACCUUUGCCAAUAGCUGGCGCAGCCUCCACGGACAAGAAGUCUCAAAAUGAUCAAUAUGGAGCACACAUUAUGAUGCCGUCUACCAAAGACGAAGAAACAUGGCUGGUUUGGCGUCAUGAUAGCAAUGCCCAGGACAUGCAUACACUAUCGGUGAUGAAGGCCAAGACUAAGCUCUCGAUCAGUGACAGCGGCUAUGGCUCUAUGGAUCAUGCUGGCAGCCAUGGUGUUGAGGCCAGGCUGAGUGCUCAACCAGAGAUGACCGGUUUAUCAAACAACCAAGUCUCGGACUACUGCGAGAUCUGCUCUGAAGAGUCAGACAAACGCCGCUACUUUAGUAACAAUGCGGACAGAAGGUCACACAUGCUGACACACACUCGUCCUUUCAAGUGUGAUGUAUCUGGAUGCGACAAUCAGAACGGCUUCGCGUCUCCCCAUGACCUAGCACGACACCAGAAGACAUGCCAUAGUAUGUUGACUGUGAAGACGUCCAAGUUUUACUACCGAUGUGCUGCCCCUUCUUGCCAGAAGAAAGACAAGAUCUGGCCCCGAAAGGACAAUUUCAAGGCUCAUCUCGAAGGAACGCAUAGAUACGAUGAACCUCAGGUUGCCGAGCUGCUAGUGAAGUACAUCCAACACCAUAGUGACUUUUCAAACAUUAGUUGCUGA